UAGGUUUGAUUUACCAACAGUUAUGAAGUUCAGUAACUCUACCAUUUCCUUAGGCGAAGGGUUGCUAAUGGCAAGUCCAAGAAAUGAUGAAAUGUUCCUAAAGUUUGAGAAUAUUACGAAAGGUCUUGAGGAAAACUUUCAGAAUGAUUUGAAUACUCUGCUAAACUCAGAAAUGUUUCAAAUAGUUGGAGGUCUCGAUUCCACCGAUCCUUUACCAGGAGAUUUGGAUGAUGUUAUCUGUGUCCGUAUGGGGGCAGAAUAUGAUAAACUAAAUAAAGACGAUAUCAACGCGAAUAGAAAUUGGAGUACUGUACUUGCAAUGCAAAUAUGGAAUACAACUAUUAACGAGAAUUUAUAGUUUUAUUGUAAAAGUUUACAUGAUAUUUAAUAAAAAUGUUUGAAAAUUGAAA